UUGCUGGAAAGUUUGUAUCGCUCUUGAUAUCUUCGCGGAGGUAUCUUUCGAUAAUGUCGCAUUCCGGUGAAGACGGACUGUUUCGGAAAUAUUGCUGGUGACAGGGAGAAGGGGCAGGGCGGACAUGGCCGUUACAGUCGCUCAGUACCACAGAGCUGCCGUGCCGUGGGUCUGGGGUCAGUUUGUACCGAAGCUGAAUGGAGUUUCUGCCGUUGGACACUGCGUACUGGCCUAGCUAACCACCAGCAGUAGCAACAACUCCACCGGAGAGACUGUAACACGAUGCUCCCGCAUUAAAUAAAGGAUAAUUCUCAUAUCUGGAUUGGCUUUAUCACCACCAUUACCAUCACCAUCAUGUCUGACCAAAACUAUUAUUGGACCGUGUUGCCGAGCUACAAAACUAGUUUUGUGACUGGGGCCAUGAUGAAACGAUCAAAAAGUUCCCGUAACAACAAGAGAAGGAGUUUGGCGGUUGGGACCCCGUCGCCCACACUCUCACGACCGCUUUCACCUCUCCCACUUGCCACAGCUGGCAGCAGCCCUUCAGAAAGCCCCAGAAAUGUCUCUGCCAGCACGUCUGCCAACUUCCAGUUUGCCCGCAGCCAACUGGCCCGAACUGAAAGAGCGGAUGGGCGAAGAUGGUCUGUGGCGUCAGUUCCCUCAUCUGGAUACUGCACCAAUGCACCCAGUUCAUCAGUAUCUUCUUCUUCUUCCCAGGAGUUAUUGCACCAGUUGCCCUUCCAGCCCACACAAGAUGAUCUCCACUUCCUGUUCAAACAUUUCCGGAGUACGGAGAGCGUGGCAGAUGAAGAAGGAGCACACGCCUCACCCCCUGUCAGGCUCCGCUCACGUAGUCUCAGCCCUGGACGGACCUGUGGAACAUUUGACAAUGAGAUUGUCAUGAUGAAUCAUGUCUACAAAGAACGUUUUCCUAAGGCGACAGCCCAGAUGGAGGGUCGGCUGCUUGACAUAAUUGAAGAGUGUUCCCCAGGCACUGCUCUGCCCCUGGCCGAUGGUGUGCUGGGAUUCAUUCAGCACCAGCUGGUGGAGCUCGCCAGAGACUGUCUGGACAAGUCCCAGAAAGGCCUGGUCACCUCCAGGUACUUUGUGGAGCUACAAGAGAAGCUGGAGAAGUUGCUGCAUGAGGCGUAUGAGCGUUCAGAGAGCGAGGAGGUGACCAUCAUCACCAAACUGGUCAAGAAGAUUCUCAUCAUCAUUUCCAGGCCUGCCAGGCUCCUGGAGUGUCUGGAGUUUGAUCCAGAGGAGUUUUACCAACGUUUGGAAGCUGCAGAGGGUCAAGCCAAAGUGGGCCACGGCAUCAAGACUGAUAUUCCCAGAUACAUCGUCAGCCAGCUCGGCCUCACCAGGGAUCCCCUGGAAGAGAUGGUCCAUCUGGAGCAGACCAGCCCAAGUCACAGGUCGGCCAGCAGAGAGACUGAUGACACCGGAGAGACCACACCUACACAGAGCCGAGCAGCCUGCACCCCUCCUCGUAGGAAACCACUGGAGAGUGACUUUGAGACUAUCAAGCUCAUUAGCAAUGGCGCCUAUGGGGCCGUAUUUCUGGUGCGCCACAAGGACACCCGGCAACGUUUUGCCAUGAAGAAGAUCAACCGGCAGAACCUGAUUCUAAGGAACCAAAUCCAGCAGGUGUUUGUGGAGCGAGACAUCCUAACCUUUGCUGAAAACCCAUUUGUGGUUUCUAUGUUCUGCUCAUUUGAGACACGGAGGCACCUCUGCAUGGUCAUGGAGUAUGUGGAAGGUGGGGACUGUGCAAACCUAUUGAAGAACAUUGGCCCGCUGCCUGUGGACAUGGCGCGGAUGUAUUUCGCAGAGACUGUCCUGGCGUUGGAAUACCUUCACAACUACGGCAUCGUACACAGAGACCUCAAGCCUGACAAUUUGUUAAUCACCUCCAUGGGACACAUUAAGCUGACAGACUUUGGAUUGUCAAAGAUUGGUCUGAUGAACAUGACCACCAACUUGUAUGAAGGACACAUUGAGAAAGACACCAGAGAGUUCAUUGACAAACAGGUUUGUGGGACUCCAGAGUACAUUGCUCCAGAGGUGAUCCUGAGGCAAGGCUAUGGAAAGCCUGUGGACUGGUGGGCCAUGGGCAUUAUCCUCUAUGAGUUCCUAGUGGGCUGUGUGCCUUUCUUUGGAGACACACCAGAACAGCUUUUUGGUCAGGUGGUUAAUGAUGAGAUCAUCUGGCCAGACGGGGAGGACGCUCUGCCAGCUGAUGCUCAGGACCUUAUCACCAGACUGCUGAGACAGAGUCCUCUGGAGCGUCUGGGAACAGGUGGAACCACUGAAGUGAAGAUGCAUCUGUUCUUCCUGGGUCUGGACUGGAACGGGCUCCUGAGGCAGAAAGCUGAAUUUAUACCUCAACUAGAGACUGAAGAGGACACCAGUUACUUUGACACCCGAUCAGAGCGCUACUGUCAUCUGGGUUCAGAUGACGAUGAUGAAACCAACGAUGAUGAAUCUUCUUUGGAGCUGCGACAGUUCUCCUCUGUGGCCCACCGCUUCAGCAAGGUGUACAGCAGCACAGAGCACCUGUCCACCUCCACGCCGUCCAACCAGAGCCUGUCGUCAUCGGAGCGGAGCCACAGCGAGGAGAAGGAGGAGCGGUGGGAGGGCAGGGGAGUCCUUUCCCCUGGCGAUGGGCACAAACACUUGGCUAGUGGAGACAGGAGGGCAGAUGGACACAGGGGGAGUCUGCGUCCUCGUGCUUCAUCCAGUUCCUCCCAGUCAGAGCGCAGUGCCAGCCCGCUGGUGAUGAACAGCACCCAGAGCCUUGACAUCAUGCCUCGCUUCUCCAUCUCUGCAGAAGAGGAGGACGGGAUGGUUUCCAACCUGCGCCGCAUUCGUCUCCGGAGCAACAGCACAGGCACCAGACCGUCGUUCAGGAGAGGGGCGUCCCGACGCAUUGCCCACCAGCUGGAGACCCCAGAGAAACCCAGAUCCCCAGCUGGCAAAGUCCCAAAGUCUGCCUCUGUCUCUGGCCUCUCUCUCAUCAUCACCCCAGACGACUCAGCGGGUCCUCCCACGAGCCCCAAAUCUUCCUUGUCCCUGUCGUCCAACCCCUCAUCCAGAGACUCGUCUCCCAGCCGGGACCUGUGUGUCAACAUCAGCUGCCUGAGGCCUCCUGUGGUCAUCCACAGCUCUGGGAAGAGGUUUGGCUUCGCUCUGCGAGCUAUCAGGGUCUACAUGGGAGACAGUGAUGUCUACACUGUCCACCACAUGGUCUGGUGUGUUGAGGAGGGCAGUCCAGCACACGAGGCAGGAUUGAGGGCCGGUGACCUCAUCACUCAUGUCAACGGGGAGUCAGUCCAGGGACUCGUCCACACUGAGGUGGUGGAGCUCCUGCUCAAGAGUGGCAACAGGGUGACCUUGCAGACGACUGCACUGGAGAACACUUCCAUCAAGGUGGGCCCUGCCAGAAAGGCGAGCUACAAGGCCAAGAUGGCCCGGCGCAGCAAGAAGAGCAAGAGGAAGGACGGGCAGGACAGCAGACGACGGAGCAUCUUGAAGAAGUUGUCUAAGCAUACACCUCCUCCGCCCAUGCAGAGCAGUCGUAGCUUCUCUUCAGGGUUCCACCAGUCGUCUAGUGACAGCCUCUCUGGUUCCCCCACACAGUCUCUCUCUCCUGGGCCUUCCACACCAUGUCGCUCCCCUGCUCCUGACCACUCUGGAGAUUCAAGUUCCUCUCCCUGCUCCAGCUCCCCUAACUCACCUGUGCCACAGGCCCGCCCCAGCUCCCUACAUGUUUUGGGUCGCUACACCAAAGCUGGCCGCUGCAAGUCCACCAGCAGUAUUCCUCCUUCACCGCUGGCCUGUAUCCCACCUCCUCAGCCUCUCUCUCCCCAGUGCUCUCCAUCCUGCCUCCCCAGUCACCCCAAGUCCCUGCAGGGUUUCCAUGGCAAAACAUUGUCCCCUCCCACUAUCGCCCGCCAUUCUGUGCGUCCCCGCAGUGCAGAACCACCACGCUCACCGCUCCUCAAGAGGGUCCAAUCAGCAGAGAAGCUGACAGGAGACAAGAUGACUGGGGGGUACCACGCAGAAAGGAAGGCCUACAGCACCCGACGCCACACCAUGGAGGUUCCUCUGUCUGAGGGGGAGGGGCUGGAGGACAUGGAGGGGGACACUGCCACUGGGUUCGUGUGUGUCGGUGAGCACGGCCGUCAAGGUUUGUACAUCGGAGGGCAGAGAGGCCACCAGGACACAGCCAGCGGAGGCAGCGAGCAUCAUCGCAUUACUGCCUCGCCACAACACCGUGGCGGCAACCACCACUCCAAAGAGGUGGUGGUGAUGAGGAAGCUGGCUCUGUCGGAGCGCAGGGACUCCUUCAAGAAACAGGAGGCCGUGCAGGAAGUGUGUUUUGAUGACUCGGAGGAGAGAGAGGUGACACCAAGCCCCACGAUUCCUGUCAUGCAGCCGAAGGCAUUCAAGGCAUCCUGGAUCAACUCAGUCCAGGCAGAAUCCGGUGUGAAGUUGGAAGGAAGAGGAUCACAGGGUACAACAACACAGCAGAAAGCCAAGUCAAAAGACAAAGCAGGGUUUUAGUUUUUCACUUUGCCAGGGAUAAUAGGUCAACAAAGUGAAGCGAAGUCUUUGACCUGCUACUGUACUUACAUUUGAAGGCCUUGCAUGUGUGUCCAGAAAACUGUGACCCAAAAUCAUCAUAAGCAACUGCUAGAAGAAGGAAGAACAAUUUCAAAUUGAUUUUUUUCAGUAAUAUAUGCAUCCUGCAACACUGUUAACAGAAUAAUGACUGCCAAACUGUGUUUACUUCCAAGUUGCUUGUUUUCUCUCUCAGUUCUCAAAUCACUGUGGCACCAGUAACUGACAUACUUGUAAAUAUUUUUUGUUUUAAAUGAAGAAACUUAUUUAUGACUUUUUAUGCUCAUCUUGUUUUUUUAGUUGUUGAAAAUGCCUUGGAUGCUUCAGCUGUUCUUAUUUCAGGAAUUGCACAAAAGAAAAAGCCACGCAACAACUCAGUGUAGUUUCACAGUAGGUGCAGAAUAGAGGAGGUUAAGUCAGUCAAUAUUGUACCAUGUUUCAUUUUUAUAUACCACAAUGCCUGUCUAGAACUGGGUGUUGAUUUGUGUUCAGAUUGAGUCUUUGAAAGAAACCUAUAGUGUCUGUCCUGCAACAUAUAACGUAUUGUAGAAUUUGAAAAGAUAUUCUGCGCUGCCUCUCAGAAGAAAUUUAACAUAGACUUUGUGGUGGUGAACAUUUAGACUCAUCGAUUCUGAACGCAGACUUUGUAUAAAUAUUUUAAAGGACAAAAUAACAACAACAGAAAAGUCUAGCGCUGGUGCCAAAGCAUGGUUUAGCCAUAGGAACCAUUCAAAAGAGGUACUGUAGUUGUACAUAAAAAAAACAUUUAAAAAAAAGCUUCAUGCAUGCAUGGGCUUUACCUCCACUUGCUGUCUGUCCUGUACAAAAAAAAAAAAAGCGCAAGUGCUGGCACUCCUCUAGCAAUGGUUUAAACCAUAACCUGAUCAACAUACAGGUGUGUAGAUAAAGCUUUGCGACUACCUUUGGAAACCAAGCUGCUGUCUCUGUCUUCUAAUACCUUGUUGAGUCAAACCUCCGUCCAGCUCCUUACAAACCUAGUCUAGCUCAAGUGUUUGCACAAGUCGUUGUAGCCGUAGACAGUUAGAUUUAUAUUCCAGGACGAUCUCUUUCUCUGUGUGAUUCAAAUAUUGUACAGUGGAUGCAACAAACAAAACUGGCUCCAUAGCUGUUUUUUUUUAAUGUGUAUUAUGAAUGAAUGUUUACAUUUUAGUGCAAAUAUGUGUGUGGACUUAUCAUGGUUUUUUGUUAAAUUAUUAUGGGAAAAAAUGAAUGACAGGGAAUGGCAGAAUUCAAGCAAAAGUGCUGAAUGGAUGAAGGAAUGAGUCCAGGUGAUCUCCUUUUGUAUAUUUUGAUAUGGAAACAGUCUUGUUGCAGUACUAAUAACCUAUGCUGUUGAUGUAUAUUGUAUAAACAAUGGUGGACCUUAUAGCAGCUGUAGGUGGUGUUUUUUUGAAAGUGACCUUGUAUGGGUAGAUGGACUCAGAAAUAAUGUGUAAUGCCACUUAUGUGGUGUGGUCUUAAUCUCCUGUUGUGAUCAACCUCAAAUGAUUGUGCAUAGUACACAUCCCAGUACAAUUUCCCCACAAUUUUAGAUCACAUUUGGGGAUAUUUUUUUUUUUUAAGAUUGAAGUCAUUAAUCUCAUUGGAUAGGCCUUGAAUUCUUGAAUUUGAGUCACUGAUUUUGAGCUUUAAAGUGAGGGAGGAGAUAUGAACAUAUGGGAAUUGGUAUUCAGCUAUGUAUUCCUUAAUUUGUAUCUUGUUCCCAUUUUGAAACUGUUAUUUUUUUGUUUUCAUUCAGGAACUGUUUGGAUCAACAACCAAAAAUGCUUCCAGUUUCACUUGUUACACAGAAAAAAGUGUGUCUUGUGUUCUCAGUUUAAUGAACACACACAUAGUAGUGUUUUGCAAAGUAGAAGGAACUUGUGGGAAUUAAUAAUCCUUGAAUAAUGGUUAUAGACUGUUUUGGUUCAAACUAGAAGUUACACAUUUGUUCAUUGUAAUUUAGGUAAAAAAAAAACAUGUCUGUGUGGGAUUUAUCAUUGAAUUUCUGAUGCAAUAUAUACAUCUUGGUAUGUUCUUAGAAUUUAAUCUUUUUAUUUUGCAUCACUACCAAACUGUCAUAGUAUCUCUUGACCUUAAGUUGUAUCUUCAUGUUAUACUUUUUUAAAUUAAGACUUUAUUUUGUGGAGAGCUCAGCAGCAGUCCAUACCAGCGGUUUACCACACGUCAAAAUGAAGCAUCACAAAGAACUCCUCAUCUCUCUUUUUGCCUCCGUGUGUGUGCGCGUGUGUGUGAUAAACUCCAUGUCUUCACAUGGGUGCUCAACUGUCAUACUCCAUAUUUGCCACACUUGUUUUAGCGUGGUUGUGUGUUAAAAGUUGUUGCUCCCUACUCAACCCCCUUGUCACCGAAUGACAAACUGGCCUUUGUGAAAUUCUUAACAUGUGGGUAUCUGGUGCAGACUGGUGUGACAUUGUCUGUUUUUCUAUUGUCUUAACAGUGCUUGAAAUAAAUGAAGAGGACUGGAAAGUCCAA